CUUGAGCCCCCGGCUUCUUCACACUCCUCUACAUCAGCUCCUCUGACCUCAACCUUCUCGAACCAUCCUUCCCUAUCUCACCUGCACGUUCACUUCAGCUGCUCUUCUACAAUUCCUUGACAUAGCCUCCUUCCUUCUCGUCUACACACUGUUGGCUAUCUCGAUUAUACAUUGAAGGCAUUGAUCUUUCUUGUCAAGCAACGUUGUACGGUACAAUGGGGAACUCGACUUCUCGUCGGAACUACGUCAUUGCAGAGAUUCAAUCUGACAUCAAGCUUUUGAUGGACACUUGUCCAGAGCAUACACACUUGGACUGGAAUGAUGUGGAUUGCAUUUCUCAUCACAGUGCUGUGAAUGCUCUACAAAACUACGCGCUCUUCGAGAAGCUCAGAGUGACAAAGCCAAAGCUCUGGUCGAAGAAAGAUCGUAGAUGCAGUAGAAACUGUGCCAGAAGAGGAACAAGUGUAAGGUUCUCAGAUUCAAUUUGCAACAUUCCCAGGAAACACGAUAACUCUGAAUGCUCGGCAGAGACUCGCGAAACCACCGAAUCUUGGUAUAUAUCGUGUGGUCUAGGCGCUGAUACAUUGGAACGAAGUCCAGAGGAACUUAGCAUUUCAAACUCAAUGGAUAGCGCUGCAACGACAGUCCUCGCGCUCGAAGAUUUUUUCUCCGACAGUGCUCGAAACAUUAACGGAAGCUUUCUUGCGCUGCACAAGGCAUCGUCCGACCUUGAAGCAAACAAUGUACUAUACCCUGUUCCAUGUUCAUAAUUUGCAAUUGUUGUAAUAAAUAGGAUAUACAUGUG